CGCUAUAAUACAAGCCAUGGGGAUUCUUACUGUGGCGUGUGUUCUUUUGAUGCAGACCAUAACGAUUGAUUGUGUGACGAAGGAAAUGAUGCGACCAUUUGGAACGGUGAAAAUACAGCCUCUGUAUUUUAGCAACUUACCUGAUGAAGUGAAGAGAGUAGCAACCACCCGCUGCGUAUUUUUUGGGCCCCAUGAUUUGACAGCUUCAUUUUCUGGCAUUGAUGGAACAUUUACCAAAGUGAGCGAAUUUGACAAAGACACCUCAGAAUAUAAAGCAGUCUUUCAGUCUUCUAUGGAUAUUAAAAGCUUUGGAAAAUUAACUGUUCAGUCUGCAUCAACAUCUGAAACAUUAUCUGUAGAUUUUGACCUUCCUCAGUCCAGCAACUCCACGCAAAUCAAAUUUCCUUUUAAGAGCUGUAAGUUUGAAGUACAGAGGUACAGUGAUGGACAAACAACUAACUAUUCUGCUACUGCUAAAGAGUGCGGAAAGUUGGCGAGCAAUGAAAUGUAUCUUUAUUUCCCAGUGAAAUUGUCUGAAUGGAACAGUGCAAAAUAUGUUGAUGCGUCGAGUGUCUUCUAUCACUCACCGGAAACCACGGCAAAUACCGCUAUUAAGACAAGCAAACUGGCUCAAGAUGACAUCGAUAUUACUUCUCUCGACUUCUCCAUUAUGAAUUUUUACGGGACUAAUUCGCCUUUGUCUCAUUAUCUUAUUUGGUCAUUUCAGCUCAUAUAGCCACUUGUCCACGUUGUUAAAAGAUUUUCGUUUUAGGUAGAUCAAUUGUAAUGUAUGUAUAAUAUGCUUAUGGUACGAAAAAAAUCCUGUAUGUUUGAAAUAUAAAUCGUGACCUUUUAUGCACUUGAACAUAAAAAAAGAGAGAAUUUUCAAAUUCAGUGAAAUUGCUUUGCCAUCUUAAAAUUAUCUGCAUGGUAAUUGCAGCUACAUCUUCUUUUUGUAUAUCUAGAAAAAGAUUGAUUGAUUGUUUGUUUGUUGUUUAACGUCCCUCUCGAGAAUUUUUCACUCAUAUGGAGACGCCACCACUUGCCGGUGGAGGGCUACAAAUUUUGACCUAUACUCGGCACUCAAGGCCAUUGAGCAGUGAAGGAUCCUUUUCGUGCCAGCACCUACUGCGAUACGGGACCUCGGUUUAUACGAUCUCAUCCGGAGGACCGGUCUCCACGUCCCGCAGUGGGAUUCGAACUCGCGACGUAAGGAUCAACUCCUUACUCCGCGACUCUAAAGCAGAAGCUCUAACCAGUGUGCCACGCGGGCGACUCUAGAAAAAGAAAAAAAGGGUCACAUUUCAUUUUUCAAACUUAGAAUUUUAAAUAAAGUAGGAGAAACUGACGUUUUUCAAGAGAUUUUUUUGUGAAUGUAUGCCGUGUGUAUCUUCAUGAAACACAAAAUGGUUUACUUAAACAUUUAGAAAACAUUGAUUUAAGAUAAAGAAAAAUUCGUAACAUGCUUUCUCUAAUUUGUCUUAAUGAAAUUAAAAUACAGCCAGUCCUCAUAUAAUGAAGUAAAUAAUUAUUCAGUACUCGAUCACGUUUUUACAUCUUGGUAUUCGGUCGCCAAUCUCUGAUAACAAAGACAUGAAUAUGCUGAUUGUUGUAGUUGAUCCACAUUAUUUAAGGACAUAUAAUUACUAACAAAAUUUGCUAAAGAAAUUCUAUAACAGUUUGUACGGAGUAUAUUAUUGCCAAAACAAAUAUCAUGAAAUAUGUGGAGAUAACGAACAGUAUUCGAGCUCAAAAGUCCAUUAAACAUUACAAAAUGGGAGCAGAGCAAACGCGGACCUCUAAGAUAUCAGAGGUGGGAUCAGGUGCCAUGGAGGAGUGAGCAUCCCCUGCCGACCGGUCACACCCGGCGUGUGUUCCUUGUCCUCAUCGGGAAAUAACGGAAAAAUCCGUCGAAAAAUCAGUCUAUAAAUAAUGGCCUAAUUAUUAGUAUGAAACACGUCAGUCAGCAUUUGAAUUAAUGAAAGAUUGUUUUUGCUGACAAGGUCAUUGUAUCGACCAUAGAACUUACGGAAUGACGACUUUAAACAAGAGUGCUGAUAUUCUUGUUUCAUCAACUUGUUUAAAUCAAUGAUUUUAAGUCCUCAUUAUUAGCUAUAUUUACGUCACAAAUAAUUAAAUAUCAAGCAGGACUAUAGUUGUAGGGUGAAGAACAUAAGCAGGAAGAAAGAUUAUGUUUCAGAUAGUCGGUAUCUAGGCUCUGUAAAGUUUUCUUGUACUAGAAAGUUUGUAAAGUUUUCUUUUAAUUAAAAAACGUUUGGAAGCAAUA